UAGACAGCCCAAGCCCAGGGCCGGCGCCGGUAGACAGCCUAUGCCCAGGGCCAGGCCUGGCGUCCACCAUGCAAUUUAAUGCAUAUAUGAUUCGUGGUUACUACUCGAAACAUGCUUCACUUGUAUAAAUACCACUGCUCGGUUUCCACUUUCCUCUUCACCUACGGAUGUGCAGCCACAAGCCAAAUCCAGAAAACAAUGGCUCGUCCAAGCUCUUCACCCUUCUCCGUGAGACAAGGCAAGCCGGAAUUGCUUCCGCCGGCAAAGCCUACCCCUCGCGAGCUGAAGCAGCUCUCCGACAUAGAUGACCAGAAAGGCCUCCAGUUCCAGUUUCCGGUGAUGAUGUUCUAUGAGAACAAGAGUAUUCCAGGAACGGAAAGAAAUGAUCCAGUGAGGGUGAUUCAAGAAGCCAUAGCUGAAACUCUUGUCUUCUACUACCCACUCGCCGGAAGGCUCAUUGAAAUAGAGCCGAACCGGCUUGCUGUAGACUGCACCGGCGAAGGCAUCUUGUUCGUAGAAGCCGACGCCGAUGUCAGCUUUGGCCAGCUCGGCGGCGCGAUUCAGCCCCCGUGUCCUUACAUGAACGAGUUUUUGUGUGAUGACCCUGCUUACGGAGGCAUCACCUAUUCCCCUUUGUUGUUGGUCCAGAUAACACGUCUCUCAUGUGGAGGAUUUGUAUUUGCAAUACGACUGAACCACGUGAUUAGUGAUGGUUCCGGCUUAGUCCAAUUCUUAAAGGCCGUAGCAGAGAUAGCACAAGGUUCAUCUGAGCCAUCGUUGCUACCGGUUUGGGAAAGAGAGCUCUUGAACGCAAGGCACCCACCAAAGAUCACAUGCGCGCAUCACGCUUAUGAGAAUUUGAGCAACCACAACAGCAGAUUAGUCUCCAUGGCCAGCAACAACAUGGCCCAUCAAUCUUUCUUCUUCGGCCAUACAGAGAAAAGAGCCCUUUUGAAGCAUCUCCCCCCACGCCUUCAAUCAUACUCUACAUUCGACGUGCUCACAGCGAGUCUCUGGAGAUGUUGGGCAAUUUCAAUGGCACCAAAUCCAGAAGAAAUUGUUUGCUUGUGCUUCCCCACCAGUGUGCGCGGCAAGAAUGGCGUACGCUUGCCUAGCGGAUAUUAUGGCAACGCAUUUGUUUUGGCGUCAGCCAUUUCGGAGGCUGGAAAGCUGUGCAGGAACCCGGUAGCGUAUGCGCUAGAGCUAGUGAAGAAAGCAAAAGCCCAGGUGAAUGAAGAGUUCAUUAGAUCAUCGGCAGAUUGUAUUGUGAUGAAGGGGCGACGCUCAUUUUCAACACCAUGGAGUUUCGUCGUCACUGAUACGACGAGGGCUGGUUUCACAGAGGUGGAUUUCGGCUGGGGAACGCCUGUUUAUGGCGGUCCUGCCGGAAGCCAGUCUCCUAUAAACCUCUAUGUAAAGUUCAAAAACAAUGAAGGAGAGUGGGGGAUUCUGGUGCCCGUGUAUUUGCCGGCAGCAGCCAUGCAAAGAUUCAAGGAGGAAAUUUGGAGAAUGACCCAACAGCCUCCUGACGAUUCACUUUGCAAUCACCCAACUGAUAGUACCUCCAAGUUGUAAUUUCACAUAUCUUCAUUAGGAGAUGAGAUGAUGCCUUGUAAGUGGAUUGCCUAGCUUAUCGAUCCUUAAUUCCCUACUCUACUUAGAAGCACUACUAGUCUGUAAACAAUGCAUCCGUCUAAUUUAUUUUUAUAAGUUCUAAUUAAUUUAAAGUUUAUUUUAAGGUUAAUUUUAGA